AUGGGUGCGAACUGCAGCCGCUUCCAUGGCGGAGAUGCAGUUGAAGUGCGGGCGGAGUCUUCCAAGCCGGCUCCAGUGUGUGUCCACGUCUAUGACCUGGGAGCAUCUGAGCGAAUCUCCCUGCUCAACUCGGUCCUUCGGCCCUUUGGCAGCGGAGCUUUUCACUGCGGUGUGGAGGUCUACGGCCUUGAAUGGAGUUUCUCCGACAUUGUGAACUGCACUGCGGAGGAGCGGAUGCGAACCGGCGUCUUCAGUGCCUGGCCAAAGCAAAGUCCGGGACACCGUUAUGUGGAAUCUGUUUCGAUGGGCUUCACGUCAAAGUCAGAGGUCCAAGUGCUCAAUCUCGUCGCCGGGAUGGAGGCGAUUUGGCCAGUGGCUUCCUACAACGUCCUCCGACGAAACUGCUGUCACUUCGUGGAUGAGUUGUGCAAGAAGAUAGGCGUUGGUGGCAUCCCUCCACGGUUGAUGAGCUUGGCCGGAGCCGGCGUGUCCCUGGUGGAGUACAGCCAAGCCGCUGCCGACUACGCGUGCUGCACCAGCAACGGCAAGGUCUGCUCCCUGAGCUGCUGCUACGACAGCACGGUGGACAAGAGCUACCAGGAGCUUCACACGCCGAAGGACUGUCGAACAUCGACAGUCAGGAGGAUCUGCGUGGAUCUCGUGGCGCACCGCUUUUCCUGUCCCAUGGCGCAGUCUUUGCAGCAGCCUUUGGCAGGUGAGAGCACUGAGACAUGCUGCUGUGGGCUGGACCGCGACUUCACGAAGUGGGUUCAAUGGAGGAGUCCGACUGUCACCAGCAGCAGCGCGGAGAGAUUGCCGUGGCAAGCCGGCUGUACAGUUCUCUUGCUGGUGGAAAUGACCUUCUACUUCUACUUCGUCGCCACUUCCGCUGUGCUGGUGUUGAUUGGUGGCAUCUUCGUCGUCAAGGCCUUGGUAGAAAUCUGGGGGCAGCAGACGCCCACUUGGCUGUGCCCAGGUACAGUCUGCAUGCUCUUCGUAAUCUAUGUCCUGAUCGUCCCGACAGUUAGCUACAUGUUCGGCUACUGCACGAUGGCCUCGGACAUCAACUUCACAGGGCACAAAUGGGUUGGCCUGGUGCUCUAUCUGUUUGGAUCUUCCUUCUCAUUGUACUACGAGGUGCACCGCUUCAGAUUUAAGGCCAAGCCUGAGAAUAAGGGAAAGCUCCACACCGUCGGGCCCGCUGCCUGGUGCAUCCACCCGAACUACUUUGGAGACCUCUUCACGUACACAGGCCGUUGUUGGUUCGAGCAGUGCCUGAAAUCUGCCAGUAAAAUACUCGGAAGCCCCCACACAAAGGCCCGACUCUCAAUAACCAAAUCCCCAGCCAAGAAGUUUGCACCCUGCCUACAGGUGCUGAACCUUCAUGGACAAACCCGCCCAACAUGUGCCCGUGAUCUCGGACCUUUCGCACUCAGCCAUCUAGAUAAGGUCAGCUAUGUAAAGCCGGCAACAUUAGGAGGCUCUUCAGAUCUCUCCAGCCCACCAGACUCUGCAGGGGCUCGGAUUUGUGGCCUCUCAAAGUGCUGCAGGCUGGGCGCUUGCGGCAGGAACCACUUGCGCACUGAGCCUUGUCACAUCCGCACUCCGCUCGUUCCGCUCGCAAGGGCCGAGGAACCCAGACCCUGA